AUGGAUUCCUCGGCCUCGUCCUUCUUGGAUCGACUCACGCGGAAUGCACCCGUCGUAAGCACCCCGUGCUCUCUCGCUGCCCUCUCGCUCGCUGCUUUCUCGCUGCCUCGUCGAAGCGCAGAGCUGCCUUGCGUCGUGAUGGUUCGCAUGAUCGCUAGUACGAGUGGCGUCGCCAGCGAUGAGCCUCGUGCUUUGCAGGAGGAGCGCGAGGAUGAGGGGCAGGCGGAGGCAGCAGCGCCAGUGGCGAGGGAAGUGAGGCGCGCCGAGGCCGUGAGCUUUCUGCCCUUCCCCACUGAAGCCAUUACGCUGGAGCGCGGACUCACACUGCUCAAGGGCAAGGCGAGCACAACCAUGUUACUCGGGACAACGUCGGACCUGGUGCCCGGCAAGUAUGAAGGCGGGUUCAAGCUGUGGGAGGCGGCGGUAGACCUGAUGGAGGCCGUGCGGGCCGACAUGCAGGACGGCACCCUCUCCUUCCGCCGCAAGCAUGUGCUCGAGCUGGGCUGUGGUCACGGGCUGCCGGGCAUUCUCGCCUGCCUCAAGGACUGCAGCACCCACCUGCUCACGCCCGUCACUCACACUCUCCUACCUCUCCCCCUCUUCCCUUCCACCCGUCUUCUCCUCUCCCCUUCUCCGCGUCUCCCCAUCUCCCCCUGUCACUCGGUGUGCUUCUGCCCCACGGCCCAUGGCACCCCCCUGUGGUGGCGGGGCGAGCAGGGUGCGGCGGGGGUGCAUUUCCAGGACUUCAACGCGGAGGUGCUGCUCAACCUCACCAUCCCCAACCUCACCGCCAACCUCGCCGCCGCUGCCACCACUCCCCCGCAUCAGCGCAGGGAGCACACGGCGGGCAGUGGGGGUGGGGGUGGGGGCGGGGAGGACGCGAGUGGGAGGACGGCAGGCAGUGGCUCCUCGCCGUGCUCGCCGCCGGUGACGCCCAAGUCGCCCCUGCCUGACCUGCGCACGCGCUUCUUCGCCGAUGCUGUGGCGGACAGUGCCUCACACGCCUCCCCCAGCGCGGCCAUCAGCACGGGCGGUAGCGAGGCGGUGAAGCACCCGCGGCAUGGCAGAGUGCACAUACAGCCUCCCCCGCCUGCAACCCACAUGCCACUGGACGGUGCGGCUGGCACACCUUCCUUCUGUGCAUCGCCAGGUGGCACUUCGGCAUUGGUUCACGGGGGCGGGAGGGCGGGCGGGGGCGGGGGCGGGUACGACAUCAUCCUGACGGCGGAGACGGUGUACUCGCCGCGCUCCAUGGCCAAGCUGCUCGCCCUCGUCUCUAAGUGUCUGCGGCGGCCGCACGGCGUGCUGUACGUGGCGGGCAAGAAGCACUACUUUGGGGUGGGCGGCGGCACACGCCAGUUCAAGAUCCUCGUGGAGCAGCAAGGUUUGUUGCACGGCCACUUGCUCAAGGAGGUUGUGGAUGGCUCCUCCAAUGUUCGGGAAGUGUGGAAGUUUUUCUACCGGGACUGA